AUGGCUGUAAAUCAACAUCUGCAGGAGCAAAAGAGUAGCAAAAAAUACCUCAAGGGAUUGAAAGCCGAGUUGGAUGAUGAGCCAGAGGAUAUUGAUGCUAUUCUUGAACAGUUUCGUAAAGCUCAGGAUGAUGAAUCCAAAAUCACAGAGGAAGCAGACUGUGCUCCCCCUUCCCGACGAGCAAAUGCAUCCUUUACUGCUAACCCUCUAGAUCCAUCUGAACUUCUUUUAUUUGGCGGUGAAUACUACGAUGGUCAAAAGGUUUACAUGUACAACGAUUUGUACAAGUUUGAUACUGAGAAAUCUACUUGGAAACGAAUCACUUCUUCUAAUAGUCCUGGGCCACGAUCAUCACACCAAACCGUUAUUACGCCAGCUGGAAGACUAUUUUUAUGGGGUGGUGAGUUUGUUAGCCCAAACGAAACCAAUUUCUUUCACUACAAAGAUUUUUGGACUAUGGAUCUCAAAACCAAUGCAUGGGAAAAAUUGGAGCUUCGAGGACAACCUCCACCAAGAUCUGGUCAUCGCAUGGCAAUAUGGAAACAUCUGAUUGUGCUUUUUGGUGGUUUUUUUGACAACUACACAGAUUCAAGAUACUAUGACGAUCUAUGGGUGUUUGAUACACUUGAAUACAAAUGGACGAAAUUGGAUUUACCAGAGCCACGGCCUACAGCGCGAUCUGGGUUCCAAAUGCUUACCUACAAAGAUAUGAUCUAUAUUUUUGGUGGGUAUUACAAAACAUUUGUAAAAGGAAAGAAACCUGUCGGUACUGUUUAUUCUGAUGUGUGGGUUCUUAAAAUGUCGCUUCAGUUGGAUGCAAUUAGAUGGGAACGUCGAAAGCGGCCAGGCGGCAUUUGUCCCAGUCUUCGAAGUGGAUGUACCAUGACGGUUCACAAAGGCCGUGGCAUCUUGUUUGGAGGUGUAUCUGAUGUUCAAGAAUCUGAGGAAACACUUGAAUCCAUAUUUCACAAAGACAUUUUCCAGUAUAAUAUUGAUUCAAACAAGUGGUUUCCAUUAACAUUUCGAGCAAUCAAGCAGCAUAAAAAGAAAAAGGUGCAAAACAAGAAGGUGGAAGAUUCUAAGCAAUCCAAAGAAUGCGAUUUGGAUGACGCCAACAACAGUUGCGAAUCUGGUGAAGAUAACACCCAAGAGCACGAAUCUGACGCCAAAGUAAAAGUAGAGCCUAUAGGCCCUACUGAGCGAUUCAACGCCAUGCUGGCUGUUUCAAAAAACAAUCUUUAUGUAUUUGGCGGAAUUGUUGAACAAUCGUCAAAAGAAUUUACCAUUUGUGAUUUAUGGACACUAAAUUUGGAAAAGCUUAAUGGAUGGUCUGCUGUAUUUACUGAUGAGACACGUGGAUCGCAAUGGCUUGGUAUUGAUAGUGAUGUAGAGGACGAAAAUAAUUCAGAGGAUGAAAGCGAAGACAACUCUGAUGACGAAACUAACUCGGGAUUAGCUGACGAUCAGACAGAUGAGCCUAAUGCUAGUGCGCUCAAGGAAAAAAAGACGCAACCAAGUGGCGAUAAGGAAGAACUGGGAAUAGCUUUGGUAUCUGCUGAAUUCGCGGUCAAAGCACACAUCAAUGUUUCUGAUACAGAAGCUGAAGUGGGAGUUUGA